GACGUUCUCCGAUCGUCACAGUUCACGCGCUCUGAGAGCUGGACCGUCUCGAGCCGUUUCUUCCCUUCAGACCAACCGUCGCCGCUAGCUGCUAGCUUCUGCUAAAGUAAGCUAACCGUCACUUGGAACUACAAACUCAGCCGUUCAGUGUGUCAGUGUUCACAUGAGCAGCAGUGAUGAGCAGCAGAAGCCGCAGGUCCUGUAUGAAGAGCUCCAGCUGUUUGGGACAUAAAGGACGAUAUUCCAGAGUGACUUUUCAGAAGUCUGGAUGGGCAGAAGACGAGGAUGAGAAGCUGCACAGACUGGUGAAGGAGUUUGGAUCCAACAGCUGGUCUUCAGUUUCUGUGCACUUUAAAGGUCAGAGGUCAGAUGGAGAGUGUCAGCGGCGGUGGCAGCAGAUCAAGAACCCAGAGCUGGUCAAAGGUCCCUGGACUCAGGAUGAGGAUGAAAGGGUCUUGGUGCUGGUUCAGAAGUACGGUAUGAAGCGCUGGUCGCUCAUCGCCAAACACCUCCACAGCCGCAACGGCAAGCAGUGCCGCGAGCGCUGGCACAACCACCUGAACCCCACGGUGAAGAAGAGCGGCUGGACGCUGGAGGAGGACGCCAUCAUCUGUCAGGCCCACAGGCUGCUGGGAAACCGCUGGGCUGACAUCUCCAAGCUGAUGCCCGGCAGGACAGACAACUCUAUCAAGAACCACUGGAACUCCACCCUGAAGAGGAAGGUGGAGAAGGAGGGGUACAUGCAGGUCCUACACCACCACAACUCCUCCAGCUCCUCCAGCUCCUCUUCUUCCAGCAGACAAACAUCCAGGCCCUGCGGCCCCCCCAGCCGUGCCAACAUCCCCACUAAGGCGGACAGUCCGUGCAGUGUGAAGGACAAGUCUGGCUGCACCUCCAGCGAUCACCUGUGCUCCUUCUGUGUCCCCACCACCUCCUCAGGCUACGGAUCCUCACUGAGCAUGUGCGAGCUGACCACGCACGCCGGGCUGAUGGAGACGAACGCAGAGACCUGGAGCUGUGGCCCAAAGGAAGUGACCUCAUCGCUCGCCACCUGCCUGUACGGAGAGGACGGUGACCCGUCAGUCAUUGAUCUGAGCAGGAGUUAUGUUGCAGGUAUGAAGGAGCAGCUGGCGAACAGCGAGGACGGAGCCUCCUUCAUGGACUCCACCUCCUCCUGGAGCAGAAACAGCACGGUGACCUUCUCCCCCUCCGAGCUCUUCAGCCUGUGUGGUGUGGAGGAUCUGAAGUUACAGCGUCCAGCUCUCACCUCCACCCCCGUCUGUUCCCUCAAACACUCCACCAAAACCAACCAGGACGACUCUUGUCUGCACUGCAGCCACAGCAGCCAGACGCCCUCUGAGACCAGAGAGAGGAUAAAAGCGCUGUGGAUGUCAGCUCCUCAAACUCCAACACCUCUGAAGAUCCACAGCAACAAGAGCCAGAACGAGGUGUCGGUCUGUUCCAGCAGGAUGAUGAAUCUGACGUGGGAGGAGCGAAGUGGCGAUCCUGACAGCCAACAGUCCAGCAGCUCUGAGGUGCAGGGGGACAGUCUGCUGAGCGCCAUCGUGCAGGUCCAGAGGGAGUCCACAUCUGUCUCACAGGAUCAGGAUCAGUCUGGCUCUGCUUCCCAAGUCCUGAGAGAGUCCAGCUCUGUGUCCCAAGUCCAGAGGGAGUCCGGUUCUGUGUCCCAGGUCCAGAGGGAGUCCGGUUCUGUGUCCCAGGUCCAGAGAGAGUCCGGCUCUGUGUCCCAGGUCCAGAAAGAGUUCGGCUCUGUGUCCCAGGUCCAGAGAGAGUCCGGCUCUGUGUCCCAGGUCCAGAGGGAGUCUGGUUCGGCCCUGGGCUGUGACGAGUUUGGCUGCUUCCCGUUGGAUGGUCAGAUGGAGGUGUAUUGGUGUCAGCAGCCAGUCGGUUACCUGCACUCUCCUGAAUGUCCUGCAUACAGACUGAACCCCUUCGAGAUGAGCGGCGAGUUACAGCUGGUGAUGUUUGGGAAAACGGACGACCAGUUGAGUGUUACGGAGCAGGCGCGCCUCUACGUGGAGCCGUGAUCGCCUCCAACGUCGGCAUCUUCAGCACCGGCAGCCGGUUCUUCAGUCAGCUGUCCGCGAGAUGCCGCUGUGACCCCUUAUAUUUAUGAAAUAUUAAACUAUUGUUAGCUUCAGAAAGCUCCGUGUUCUGCUGAGUCACCCUGUGAAUCAUGAGUCAGCGUUUUAACGGCUUCACAGAGUCUCCAUCGCCUCCAACCGGUCGAUGUCUUAUUGAUUUAUUUAGCAGUUUACAUGUCAAACAUUUGGUUUUUAUGAAACUGUAUUUUAACAAAAAAAAUGACAACAUAUUUUUAUAAUUUUUAACAAAGUUUUUAACCGUUUCUGGUAGUUUUACUGAAAAAGAAGAUGUGGAUUUUUACAUUUUUAAAUGAUUUGUAAAUACUAUAUACAUAUUAACUUAUUUAUUGUAUUCAUGUAUUUAUUUCUUGAAAUCUCAAACACUGAAAAUGCUUUUUUGUUUUUGACACAAAGACACUUUAUAUUUAAAACUAAAUGUUUGCACUUUGGAUCAAAACUGAACGUAACGCAAACUCAUUUUAAAGGACCACGCCGACUUAUUGGGACUUUGUCUUAUUCCCCGUAUCCCCCAGAGUUAGA